GCGUAUUUCGCACGUGUAGAAAAGGAACAGAACUGGAGUUGUAGAACCUCCGCGCCGCCGCACGACCUCGAGAGAGAGAUGGUGAUGGACGAGCCCCUCGACUUCGAGGAGGAGGAGGAUCCCCUCUUCCCCGCCCCGCGCCCCACCAAGAGAAAGAAGGUUAUCGGCUUGGAUGAUCUUUUACUGGAUUACUUUGGAACUGGUAAGGAUUUGCGCAAAGUUAAGGCUGCCAAGACUAAACAUGGCCCCAUGGGACAUGAUUCAGAUGAGGAGGACAAGAAGGGUAGGGAGGACGAGAUUUGCAAAAUAUUUGAGGAUUGUGAGGAAAAAGCCAAAGGGUUGGAUGCUAGAGACAAUGUAACCCCAUGGGGUCAACAAAUUUUUGGCUGCCAGAAGGCCUCCUCGAACCUUAGCGAUAUGGGAGUUGAAAAUUGUCAACUUUUGCUAUCGUUCUGUGCGAGUGAGCAUCUAGGUUUCGAUCUAGAGAUCCAACAAGGAGAGGGGUUUCUUGAAGGCAUGCUGAUGGAUGGAUGGCUUUUGAAGUUGGUUCACAUUGGUGGUUCUGUUGAAGACUCUAUUGCAUCGUGGACGCUAACCAAGUUGUUGUAUUCAUCCAAUAAGAAGUUACAAGUUUCUGCAACUGACUUUUGGGAUAGUAUUCUUUCCCUAGAUGAGGAUGAUAAACUGCUGGUCAACCUUGGGUAUUUUCCAAGCUAUUCUGUUCUAAAAUGUGCUAUACUUAGCUAUGGGUAUCGUUUUGAGAAUCCUGGCACUAAAGCUUCAACCUCUGAAAGUGCCACUGCAGAUAGCUCUGAUGCUGGUCCACCUCAUAACAUCAUUGCAUGGUUAAGAGUUGUAUCUGCUUGCUGCAAAAUCAGAAAAGUGUGUUCCAUCUUCUCAGCUUCUGAGGCAGAAGAACUCCUUGUUAUUGUCAUUUCCCUCUUUUUGGACCGUGGGCUUGAAGGGCUCCUGAUUAUUUUGGGAGACUGCCUUAAUUCACUUGUAUUAUACUUUGAUACAAGUGAGUGGGAAAGUAGCUGUGUGAUGGUGGCUGAAUCAAUCGCCAAGAGGGUCAGUAUGGACCUUAAUUGUUUAAGGAUAGUCGACUGCAUUACUGGAACCAAUAAGCGCAGUAAAUUCCUGAGGAGUGAGCUGGCGCUUCAGCUGCUGAAGAUUAACUUUGGCCUUAAGGUGGGGAGUGUUGAAAAGAUUUUGAAGCUAGUGACAUCCAUCAAUGUGAAGGAGAAAGAAUGUGACUUUUUCAGGCUUUAUGUGUAUCUAGUAUUGAUGGACAACUUACUUUUCUCAAGUGAUGCAUUCAGAGAUAAGACUCAGAUCGUUGAUACUUGGCGUAAUUAUCUGCGCAACUGUUCCACGCAGAUUGCAUGCACAAACUGGGGAUUCUAUGCUCCAAAGGUCAGAAACAAGGCUUCGUAUCUUCUGCAAGGUGCAAUAUUUAAAAAAACUGGUGGCGAUGGUAACGUUUCUGCUCGGUGAUUGAGAGGCGCAGUAUCUAUUGCAGCGCUAUUCCGGUGACAUAGACUGGGCAACAGUGAAAUGCUCAUAGACGGUUUUUGUAUUAGGUAGGUUUUUGUAUAGUAUAGGCUUUGCCCUAUUAUGGGAGGUAGACUUGAUGCUUCAGCACAAUGUCGUUUUAUCGCCAGCUACCCAUUACGUAUGCUGAGCUUGCAGUGGUUGUUUAGGUUUAUGGCAGCUAGCUUUGACUAUGGUGUGGCUUAUGCCAUGGCACAUUGGCAGCAGCAAAAAUAGAGCAAGUCGGCCGCAAUCAGCGCCGAGCAGACACCUGACCUGAUGAUGGUGAUGCACCUGGUGGUGGCUGGAUCUCCUCUCCAUGUUACUGGCCAGAUUCCAUGCAUUUGUUUUCGGUCUUGCCUGCUGGUGUGCACAUGGCCUGGCCUCGACUGCACUGGACUGGGCUCCCGACAGAGAGCCAGGUCCCCAUGCUCUACCUCUACCCACCCAUCUUCUGGGUCAAAAAAUACCAAGUGGGUGAUGGAUCAAUCAGAUUGUUGUUGUUCUGUUCAUCACAAUGUAUCAAGGAACAAUGAAUGAAUCACAAAAGAGACAGCUAGCUUAGUAU